AUGCGGUCUUCCUUUCUCUUCGGCCGCCUCGCUGGCCGCAGAGGGUUUGUCCUGUUCGCCAGUCGCGUUCCCCAACGUCAACAAUCCUUUGCCAAAUGGACCACCCGAAAGCACAGUCUCAAAGAUGCUCGCCAGCGGCGCUACCCUACCCUCCUGGCCACCGCCGCGGCCCUCUCUCCCGUCGUAUUUGUCGAGAUAGGGGAAGACAGAGACAACGAGGAGGGAAAAACGACCGAGAUGCAAAUGCUUGAGAUAUCCCGCCAGGAAAUCAGCAAGAAAGUGCCAGAGGACGCCCGCGGCCUGCAACGAUUGUACAAAAGCUUGAUAUAUUUCCUCGACCAGUAUAUAUAUGAGCCCUUUGCUACGGGGUUUCGCUUCUUCUACCUUGCCAUCAUAUUCGUCCCCGUCAUCGUCGCCGUCCCCGCCGUCUUCAUCGGGCCCCGGAAGAAAGAUCACGACAACGAAAGAGCGGGAACAAUCUGGUGGUAUGGUUUCCUGGUCAAGUCUAUGGAAAGAGGCGGUCCUGCGUUCAUCAAGCUGGGCCAGUGGGCCGCCUCGAGAUCCGACAUCUUCCCGUCCGAGAUGUGCAAGAUCAUGUCUGACUUGCACUCGAACGCUCCAGCCCAUUCUCUCCGCCAUACGAAGAAGACGAUUAGCGAAGCUUUUGGUGGCAGAAGGUUUGAGGAUAUCUUUGUGGAAUUCGACGAGAAACCUCUCGGAGUGGGUGCGAUUGCCCAGGUGUACAAGGCGCGGCUGAAGCCCGACCUUGCGCAGCCCGACGACAGUGAUCUUGACGUUCAUGACAAGAGCAGGCUGAGGAACCGGAUCAGGAGGAACGUGGACGCACUGGUCAAAUCCAGCCCACAAAGAGUGCCGUCAGCUUACGUGGCCAUCAAAGUCCUCCAUCCCAAGGUGGAACGGAAUGUCCGCCGGGACCUGAAGAUCAUGGGGGUGUUUGCCGCCAUCAUCAAUGCCAUCCCAACUAUGGAGUGGCUGGAUCUUCCCAAUGAAGUGGCCAACUUUGGGGAGAUGAUGCGACUGCAACUCGAUCUACGGAUCGAGGCGGCGAAUCUGACCAUCCUACGCAAACAUUUUCAAAAUCGUACCACCGCAUGGUUUCCACACCCGUACACGGACUUUACUACGCGUACUGUCCUGGUGGAAGAAUUCGCCCAAGGCUUGCCAUUAGCCGCCUUCCUCGAAAAUGGCGGGGGAGCUUAUCAAAAGGAAAUCGCAAACGAAGGGCUCGACGCCUUUUUGAACAUGCUUCUGAUAGACAAUUUUGUCCACGCCGAUCUUCACCCGGGCAACAUCAUGGUCAACUUUUACAAGCCGACCCAGCCAGAUGUGAGAAUCCCUUACAUGUCUCGACAAGACCCGACCCAGCCAGCGAGUGCUUCCGAGAUUGACGAGUCCGAAGCGGUUCUGUCAAGACUACGUCCUCACAUUGGCAACAAGACAGAAUGGGAAGCUGCUCUUGCGCAAGUUGACCAAGAAGGAUAUCGACCCCAGUUGAUCUUCAUCGAUACUGGCCUUGUUACAGAGUUGAAUGCCAAGAACAGAGCCAACUUCCUCGACCUGUUCCGGGCAAUUGCCGAGUUUGACGGCUACAAGGCGGGAAAACUGAUGAUAGAACGAUGUCGUCAGCCUGAUGUGGUAGUUGACGGCGAAGUCUUUGCCCUCAGGAUGCAGCAUCUUGUCUUGACAGUCAAAGGCCAGACAUUUGCUCUUGGCCAUAUCAAGUUUGGAGAUGUCCUGUCAGAAGUGCUUAGCAUGGUCAGAGCCCACCACGUUCGGAUGGAAGGUGAUUUUGUGAACGUUGUCCUCUCCAUCCUUUUGUUAGAAGGCAUCGGCAGGACCUUGGACCCCGAUCUCGAUCUCUUCAAGAGCGCCUUGCCGAUUUUGCGACAAAUCGGGUCCUCCGAUCCAGCUGCUGUGCUCAAGAGCUUCAAGGAGGGUGACUUUUCCUUGCUUAAAAUCUGGGUCGGACUUGAGGCUCGAAGGUUCUUCCAAGCAAGUGCCGACAGUGUCGAGAUGUGCGUCAAAUACGAUCUGCUCAGUCCCAACUUUUGA